AUGGACAAUGCAAGAAUGAGCUCCUUCCUGGAAUACCCCAUCCUUGGCAGUGGCGACUCCGGGACCUGCUCUGCGCGAACCUACCCCUCUGACCAUGGGAUUACAACUUUCCAAUCCUGCGCGGUCAGUGCCAACAGCUGCGGCGGCGACGACCGCUUCCUAGUGGGCAGGGGGGUGCAGAUCAGCUCGCCCCACCACCACCACCACCAUCACCACCCCCAGCCGGCUACUUACCAGACUUCUGGGAGCCUGGGGGUUUCCUACUCCCACUCGAGUUGUGGUCCAAGCUAUGGCGCGCAGAACUUCAGUGCGCCUUAUGGCCCCUAUGGAUUAAAUCAGGAAGCAGACGUAAGUGGUGGGUACCCCCCGUGCGCUCCCGCUGUUUACUCUGGAAAUCUCUCAUCUCCCAUGGUCCAGCAUCACCACCACCACCAGGGUUAUGCUGGGGGCACGGUGGGCUCGCCUCAAUACAUUCACCACUCUUAUGGACAAGAGCACCAGAACUUGGCCCUGGCCUCGUAUAAUAACUCCUUAUCCCCUCUCCACGCCAGCCACCAAGAAGCCUGUCGCUCCCCUGCUUCAGAGACGCCUUCUCCAGCGCAGACCUUUGACUGGAUGAAAGUUAAAAGGAACCCUCCCAAAACAGGGAAAGUUGGAGAGUAUGGCUAUGUGGGUCAACCCAAUGCAGUGCGCACCAACUUCACCACCAAGCAGCUCACGGAGCUGGAGAAGGAGUUCCACUUUAACAAGUACCUGACCCGAGCGCGCAGGGUGGAGAUAGCCGCAUCCCUACAGCUCAAUGAGACCCAGGUGAAGAUCUGGUUCCAGAAUCGCCGCAUGAAGCAGAAGAAGCGUGAGAAGGAGGGGCUCCUGCCCAUCUCUCCGGCUACUCCUCCUGGCAGCGACGAGAAAGCUGAAGAAUCUUCUGAAAAAUCCAGCUCCUCACCCUGCGUCCCUUCUCCGGCAUCAUCUACCUCAGACACCCUGACUACCUCCCAUUGA